AUCACUAAAGAUACAAUAAUGUCAAAGAACGGAGAAGGAUACAUUCUUGAUGAUCGUGCAAAGGCACUGGCCAACUACCCUCACAUGAGAAAGGCAGGAGGCUUCCUCUUUGUCAGUGGUAUCUCCUCAAGGAGACCAGACAACACCUACGAAGGUGUCACAACACAAGCUGAUGGAACUGUUAAGCUGUGCAUUAAAGAGCAGACUAGAGCUGUCAUUGAGAACAUUAGAACGAUUCUGAAAUCAGCUGGUGCUGACUUGGAGCAUGUUAUCGAUGUCACAGUGUUCCUCGUCGAUAUGAAGGACUAUGCAGAGUUCAACAACGUCUACAACAACUACUUCAACGCUGUCAAUGGUCCCACCCGUACAACCGUUGCCGUUCACCAACUUCCCAACCCCAACCUAUUGAUCGAGAUCAAGUCUGUUGCACUGGUGCCA